UCUGCAGAGCCGCAGAUCCACCAUUCUACAGGCACAGGGCCCUAUCGACACAGCAAGUUAUUAACCUUCGCAUAUCAGACAAGAAAGUCAAAAUCUUUUUUUCUUUUUCUUAUUUUUAAAACAAAGUUUCUGAUAUAGCCUAGUUAGCCGUACUGCUUUGUGCAAGGAUGCACAUCACGGUACAAAUUGGGUCAGCUUUGCCCAGUCAUCCCCAAUGUACUUCGUGUUGUAGUAAAUAUCACUGUCCCUUUUGUGGUCCGUCGUUUUAUAAACCUUGUGAAAGAGAAAAGGACAUUAUAAAACAUUUACAACUUCAUUUUCACCGGGCCGUGGAGCACGAGGGUUUUACCAUUCACCGGUGUGGGCUGGGCUGCAAGAAGACCCUGCACUACCACUGUCCCUACUGCCAGUCAGUACACCUGCGUAGGGAUGGUUUUGAGAACCAUCUGCGUAACUGCAAGCUUCGCUCAGCACCUGCAGAGCAGACGACGAACAUUAUGGUGGUGCAGAGCCCGUUACCCUCCAUCACCACCACCACCAUCACCACCCCAAGCGGAAGUGGAACGGCAGCCCCCACCACACACCCAGGAGGAAGUGGAGGUACACCCACUACACCCACUACACCCCUGGAUGGCGCAAGCGGAGACGCACCACCCACCACGCCCCAGAGCACACUUGAAGCUGAACCCACAACACCGUUGGACAGCGGUAGUGGAUGUACAACUCUCCCAUCCCAGAGCACGGUGGAAGUCGCAAGCGAAGCUGUGCCCACCAUUGGAAUUAAACGAGAAGCCCCCUCCUCCACAAGCCAAGGAGAAGUGGAGCUGCUGCACCCCCAAACGCCCCCAACAGUGAAAAGGGUCCGCCGCGUGAGACCCGUGGUGCACUCGCUGUGCCCCGUCUGCGGCGUGGUGAUGAACAAACGCAACAUCUCCAAGCACAUCGAGCGGAGACACAGCAAGACCCCGCGCGUCGAACCGCGCCUGCAGAGCGAGUGCGUGGACGAGGUCAACGGGAUCUAUUCGGUGCAGAAGUUCUUUCGCGGCCACAGCAUACCCCUUCACGUGCAAAGCAAGACGACGUCGACCGGCGAGCGCCAACGCGUGCGCUGCGAGUCUCGGGAGUGCCAGGUGAACAUGAGGAGUGGCCUGAUGCCGGACGGGUGCGUCCAUCUGAGAGCGGUGCCCUCCUGCUCGCUAACGGCCCCGGCGUGCGCGCUUCUUCGCGAUGACUCCCUCGCGGAGAUGGUGCAAAACAACGGGUUUGGUGAGGAAAUACGCGACCAGUGCCUCAGGUACCAAAGCCUGGCCAGAGAGGAACGCAUCCCCCUGUCCGUUCACCUCACUGUCGGACUCCCAGAGUUUAAGAAGGCGUUGUCCGUCUUCGAACCCACCUUCAGCCUGGGCCGCGUCACCGUGGUGUACAACACCAGGCUGAACUCGUGGAACUGCACCUGUAAGAAAAGUAAGAGGACAACCUGUCAGCAUGUUCCCAUUGCUCAGUGGCACCUGUACCAGGAGAUGCCCGAACUGUUCAGGUCUGUCACCAUCAGGGCCACAGGCGAGCACGAGCGAGCCGUCCUGGAGAGUGCCAUCCAAGCUAUAGAUGCACCUGCUUGGUCACCGUUGUCAACAGAUGGUGUUGAGGUUGAGGUUGAGGAGGAAGAGGAGGCGUGUCCCAUGUUUCCUGCCACUAGCGAUGGCCUUACCAGAAUGUUGGCGUACAUACUGAAGCACAAGAAGCUGAUUGUUGCUUAGUUGGAUGAUCGGAUGCAGUGAGCCUUAUAAUAUAAUAAUUUCAUAUAUUUUUAUUUUUAAAAAUGAAUUUCAUUCAUUUACAGUGUACAGUUACGAGGCCGACGUGCUCUUCAAAUGGUAAAAUGUAUGUUAAUGCAAGACGUCCUCCGGCUCUUUUGUAAGACAUCAUAAGGCACUCACCCUUUCUCUUGGCUGUUGGAGGCUCAGAUCAUUGCAGAAGUUUUCCAUCAAGCCUUUUUUGUGACACUUGCUGCUCUUUCCUUGGCUAGUCUGUCCUUGUCAGAGAACCCUUAAAGUAUGUUAUUGCUCCCUCAAAAAUGUGCAGUUCCAUCUUGACCGCAGGCAGGUGUUCCUGUUAAGAACGGUGGCUAGUAUUAUAUAAGAGUAGAUAUUGUCAAGUUCUUUGGUGGUACAGCAGCGAUCACGGUCAACUUCAUGUGAGCCUGCUCAUAGGUUAAGGCUUCUCUGGUCCUGCUGCAUUUGAACCUCUGUCUGGAAAAUGGGGAAACAAACAGAGACAAUAACUGCCUGAGUUUGUCUUGCUCUUGCUUUUGUUUUUGUUGUUGUUGUUUUUAUAUUAUUACUAUUUGCAAUGUUUGAACUCACAGAAGUGUAAAAACAGUCAAAUCAUUUGUAAAUUUGGUUAAUAGGUUUAUCAAAUAAAUGUAUUGUAUAUAAAGUGUGUUUGUGCUCUACCAAGAAAGAGCAAUCAUUAAACCACAGACAAUGAAAAAAAAAAUCCCCAUGGGCUUUAUUUUAACCCUUUAAUGCACCUGACUGGAACCUGAGAGAUUGAAACAGUGAUACACAAUGGGUCAUAACUUUUGAAGUUAAU